UUCCCCAAUCAACCCAUGUGAGCCCCCCUCCACUUGGGUGGAAUGCCUAGGUAGGGAGGAAGGAAAGUUGGGGUCACCAGUGUUGUCCUUCGACUCCAGGAUAAAUAUCCCCGUUGCCCUUUCCGUGGUACCCUCUGGAUUUCCCUCGUUCCUCGUCUCCCCCAUCAAGCUUUCUCCCCCUCCCGCAACGCCUCCCCUCUCGCAUAGUUCCUUCUCUAGUCUUCCCCACGAGUCCUAGCGCGCCGUUUCCUCUCAGACCGUCAGCUGUCACCGGCCCUCCCUCGAUAUCGACUCCGAACAGAGACGCACUAGUUUCUCGUGUCCCCUAAAAACAUGGCUACGUUCGUCUCCGAGAAGGAACUUCGGCGGCUCAGCGAGCAAGCCCAGGCCUUCCCCCCCGAGGCCGCCGAGAGACAGCUCUCCGCCUUCCUCCCCCUGGCCCCAACCACGUCCGCCUCGUACCCAUCCCAGACGGCCAAGCCCCAGCAGCAGCAGCAGCAGCAGCAGCAGCUUGAGCUACCUCCCCCCGUCACGCCCGCGGUCCUCCCCGCCGAGGCCGUCGUCGUCGACGCCAGCGCGGACCAGGUGAAGCGCCGGGCGUCCAGCGUCGGCAGCAGCAGCAGCGACGGCGGCGGCAAGAGCCCCGUCGGCUUCCGCUUCCUCAGGCUCGGCCCCGUUCACUGGGGCGAGCAUCCCGGCGACAACAAGUCAGACUGGCACGAGGCUGCUGUCGAGUGAAAACCCUCCGAAGGAAAAAAAACUGCUACGAAUUUACGUCUUUUUUUCCCCCACUCCCACCCACGUUUCACACUACUUUUGGCCUUUCCAAAAUGUCAACAAACACCGGGCCCAUUACGCCUUUGGGGACUCUACGACACUCUUAAUUGGGGAUUUAAUUGGGGGUUAUGAGUAUCAGGUUGAUGUCAACCCCCCAUAGCUUGGGCUAAAGGGGGGGGAGGAAACCGGCGAUGAAAAGUAAGCAAAAAAUGACGAAUCGAAGGACGGGGGGAGUUCUGUGAGGCCUUUUCACCCGCAAACCUGAAAAUCCCAAGUUUUUUUUUCGUCAUGUCGCUGAGACAGGGUGGUCUGAGAAUGGUCCGACUUGAGUGAGGAGGUACCAAACCUGUGGGAUGGAAGUUGACGCAAGACGGAGGAGGGUUACACAUCUUACAUUACUGUGUUGUGCAUACGUAUGCGCCAUUACCAAUUAGUUUAUGAC